ACAACAGAGUUUAAUCUAUGCUUCCGUCCAGGUGUGCGGGUAGAAGAGCGUGUCCCAAGCUUUCCCAAAGUAAAGAUUUGAGGGGAUUAGAUUUGUAAUCUCAGACAGGGUGUCGCUUUCAGGAAGUAGGUGUGAGGCCUGAAUCUUAACCGAGACCUACACCUGGACCUCUUGUUUCUUUAAUUCUCAGCAUGGGACCCAGGGACCCGUGGUCUGGCUAGCAGCCCACUCGCUGUCAAUUGGCCCCAGGACACCCUGUAACGACUCUCUGGACUCGGGAGACCGCACCUAGACACGGGAGCCUUCGAUGGAUAGCUAUCCUUAAGAAGGGCUCCAAAUGACCUUCUUAGAAGGUGCGAUCCCUUUAAAAGGAGGAGUCCGGCGGGCGCAGGCGUCACAAAUCCUAAAUCCAGACUGGACCUGCGCGCCUGAUCCGGAGGUCCCGCCCCGCGCCCUCCCAAGGCCCCUGCUUCCCAGAGCGGCCUCGCCGGGCCCCGCCCUCAGAAGGCGGACGCUGAUUGGCCAGCUCGGCGGCGGGGCGGGGCUGAAUCUUAAAGGACCAGGAACUAAGCAAACGGAGGAGACCGGGUGGUGGCUUCGAAACCCUGGGGGUGCGGGUGGGAGAUGCCACGAAGCCCCAUAUGGGUUUCUUUAAAAACCCUUUAGUCUCCAUACCCUAAUCCCGGGACCAUGGAACCCACAAGAGACUUCCCAUUGUUUGGGGGCGCCUUCUCCGUCAUCCUCCCUCCAGGGGCUAUUGAUGUCAGGUGAGAAGGUCCAGGCGUCCCUGGAGCCCGAUCGGGUGGGUGGCGGGAAGAAGCUGGAGUCACCAGGGUCUACUUCGCCUCUUUCCUCUAGCGACCUUCGACCCGUUCCGGAUAACCAAGAAGUGUUCUGCCACCCAGAGACCGACCAGAGCCUGAUCGUGGAACUUCUGGAGCUGCAGGCCCACGUGCAGGGCGAAGCGGCUGCGCGAUACCAUUUUGAGGACGUCGGCUGGGUGCAGGAGGCUAGGAUCCAGCAGGUGGAGUCGGUGCAACCCCUCACUUUGGAGAACCUGGCCCUGCGGGGCUGCUGCCAAGAAGCCUGGCUCCUCUCUGGGAAACAGCAGAUAACUAAAGGGAGCCAGCAGGUAGCAAAGGAUGUGACACUCCAUCAGGCUUUGCUUCGGCUGCCCCAGUACCAAACUGAUCUCUUGCUCACCUUCAACCAACCCCCCUCUGAGAACAGGUCAUCUCUUGGUCCUGAAAAUCUGUCACCUCCACCCUGGAGCCUGAGUAACUUUGAACAACUAGUGACCAGUCUGACCCUCCAUGAUCCCAACAUCUUUGGUCCCCAGUAAAGAUUCCUGAAGCAUUGCGUGAUGCUGCUGAGAAUUUAGGGACCCAGUUCUGGAAGGGUGGAGGAAAAAGAGGUGAAUACCCCGGGGUUCCUUUUACUUCUCUGUGCAUAAACAUAAGACACCUCCUCUCUGCAGAAAUAAAUUUGCUUUAUAACCAA